AUGGCGUCAACCACAUCGUACAGUCAAUCAGGGGCCUCACAGCGAGUGACCCACAGGCGAACAAACGUGGGAUGGUUAUCUCCUUCUACCCAGCUGCCAAAAGCAAUUAUAAGCAGCGACCACGGUCCUGCGCUUACAAACGAGAAGCUUUAUGCUAUUGCAGGCUCUUUGUCGAAGUUAGACCAAUUUCUGUUUCUCUAUUGUCAGCAUUUCUACGAGAGGAUCUUACAGGGUGAACUCAACAAAGGCGAUGUAUCUGCGCAAAAGCUAGCCCAGGAUGACCUGGCUGAUCUCCAGAUAAUAAUGUCCCAGUUUGAAGACAUCACUAGCGGAAGAGUCGUCUUUAGUAGCCUAUAUUUGAAGGAAAGGCGCAUCCUCCACUACUGGGGAAUGGCUUUUUCGUUUCUCGCUCAAAUGUUGUUAGCUGGCGAUGAGAUACACCAACCUACGCUAGGAAAUCUGAAGAGGAUCACAGACUUAGCCGCUAACAUAGAGGCUGCGUUGCUUGAUGCAGCCUCAGAAGGGGUGGUAGUAUCCGAUUAUCGGCUGGUGCUUUCCGAGCGAUGGGAUCUACUCGAGAGGGUCGUUGGUUUGUACCAUGAGCACUCACAAAUUCCUCGAACACUCGCAACAUGGUAA